AUGUCGGACGAUUCCAACUCCUCUGCUGCGGGCAAGCGUAGGAUCGAAGCUAUCAGUCGCCACGUUCAGCCCGUUGCCCCGAUCACUACCACUUCAGCUGCCCAGCAGCCACGGCCUCUGCCAAGCCAGAACGGUGCGUUCUUUGACGACCGCGACAAGCUCGGCACGUUCACGCUUGGGCCAAACGUCUCCAUCCCCGUGUUCCAACCAAAGCUGCCAGAGCGUCUGCCUUCCGAGCGCCUGCUGCUCAACCUGGACGACCCCAUCGCGCUCGAACACCUCGAGUUCCUCGCCAAGAAAUGGCAGCUCGGUCAGGACGUCUUCCUCCUCUCGCCUCCUGGCCCUUAUGCCCGCAGGCUCAGCAUGACUUUUGCUUCGCUCCUCCAGAUCCCCUUCGAGUACGUCUCCUUCCAUCGUGACGUCGGAGAGGCAGAGCUGCUCCAAACCCGCAGCCUCUCUUCAGGCGGCAACCUCGUCUUCGAAGACGGGCCAGUCAUCCGCGCCAUGAAGAACGGCCAUCUGCUCAUUCUCGAAGGCGUCGAAAAGGCAGAGCGCGGCGUCACUCCCAUCAUCAACAACAUCUUGGAAAACCGCGAACAGAACCUGGCCGACGGCCGGCAUCUCAUCCCCGCCGAAAAGCUCGAGGCUUUCCGCCAAGAAGAGGCACAGCAAAAGGACGGCGCGAGCCGCUUCAUCCCCGUUCACCCCAACUUCCGCGUCAUUGCCACGGGCGUUCCCGUACCACCCUACCGCGGCUAUCCACUAGACCCACCCUUCCGCUCUCGAUUCCAAGCGCGUUGGAUCGAGGGCUCCGUCCAGUCCACCGUACCGCUCCCCGAGAAUCUCUCGGAGCAUGCACAGCAGCUGCGUUCGCGUUGGUCUCAGUGGACGGCCCUCCUGCGCUACCACACCACCCUGGCACAGGGCAAUGAUGUGAUCCCGCCGACCUCACGGCUUCCGAACUUGCCCACCACGGCGCUGCCCCUCCUCACCGACAUCGUCAGCACCUUUCCGCCAACGAAGCCGCUCCGCGCUCUCGGUUUCGAUGAGAGCGACCCCAUCUUGCCCAAGUGGCCGCGCGAUCUUCCCGAGGAGACCAAAGAUGUCGAGGCGAGCGCCUCCACCCUCGCCCUUCUCAGCGCCGCCUACCCGCAGAUCUUUGGCCUCGAUGCAGAAAAGCGCAAGACGCUCAACUCGCUUCUCUCUCAGCUCGAGAUUCACGAGGAGCAGGGCGAGGGCGCCGACCCCGCCACUCUUGCUGCCACCGGAUUCAUGGGCUACCUCGUCGACCGCAUCGAGCGCAUCUCUGCCACCAAUGCCAAGAUCACAUUUGCUCACGUGGCUGGCGACGCCCCCGCCAUCUCCAUCGAGGCUCCCUGUGGCGCUUUGGACCUCGCUCCCGUGCCACGCCUGGGUGACACGAAGUUCAUGGGCCAACAGCUCAUUGUGACGCCAAGGGUGCUGUCGAUAUAUAGCCGCCUCCUUCAGCUGCAUGCGCUUGGCAGGGACAUCUGCCUCGUUCCAGCGAGCAAGGCACCGGCGGCGGACAAGUCCGGUGCUGCCUCCACCGCUGAUCCUUCGGCUGCAGCAGCGCAUCAGCCAUCGUCGUCGACAACAACAUGCAUCAGCCUGAUGGCCGCCACACUUGGCUAUGCAUUCGAAUCGGUCUGGUUGUGGAAGGACCUGGGCGGCGGAGAGCUGCUCAUGCGCCGAGCCACCGCCAAGGACGGCAGCACCACCUGGGAGCCAGCUCCGCUUGUGCGCGGCGCGAUGCAAGGCAAGCUGAUCCACCUUGCUGGCGUAGACGUGCUUGGACCCACACUCGGCAGUCUGUCGCGACUCUUGCAGGACCGCGAGCUCGAGCUGUGGAAUGGUGCCCGCAUGACAGAGAGCAGUGUCGACAAGUCGCGUUCGACCGAUCAAAUUACCGCCAGCGCCAACACGAGCAUCGAGAGCAUGCUUGGCUCCACCGUCGCUCCGGGCGAGAUCGUGCCGAUCCAGCCGACAUUCCGCGUGGUCGCAACGGCGUCCAAGCCCACCGGCUGGCUCGAUGAGGAAGCCAGUACACUCUUUGCCAUCUGCAGCACUCGCGCCAUGGACGAGGACGAGGAGCGCCACAUUGUGCUCUCGCGCGUCGGCCUCGACGAGCCAACUUCCGAUCUGAAGCGCCUCUUGCACUUUGUCAACCGCUACCGCGCGCUCAGUGCUGACCCCAACCUAGGCCUCGCCAAGUCGAGGAGGCUUGGAACGCGUCAGGUGAUCCGCAUGGCCGCACGCCUGGCGCGCUGGCAGGAGGACUGCGACGUCCAUGGCCUCAUCUGGCGCAGUCUCCUCGUCGACUUUUUGCCGAUCACGGUGCGCGAAGUGAUCGCAAACCUGCUCACUGAAUGUGGCAUCCACAAGCCGGGCACCGAGGGCGCCUUCCAAUUCGUCCCGCGCCUCUGGAUCGGCGAUCCUGCAGUCGUUUCUCCUGCAAGCGGCCAAGACGGCGCCGGUACGCUCGAGUUUGCUGCGUCCGACGGCUCGGAUCGCGAAUACCCUGUGCGCUCGAUCCCUCGCUACGAUGCAAACAAGCUCGACCCCGAGGGAAAGACGCUCAUUCCUGACCUCGGCGGCAGUUUCUACAACAACGCCCAGCAGAGCGGUUUGAUCCGAUCGUUCUCCGAAGAUCUUGUGUUGCUCAACGAGCAUCUCCUGCUCAUGGGCUCGCAGGGCACGGGCAAGAACAAGAUCAUCGACCGCACACUCGAGCUGCUCGGCAGGCCGCGCGAGUACAUCCAGAUGAACCGUGACUCGACCGUGGCCGGUCUGCUCCAGCAGAUCGCGCUCGAGAAGGGCCAGAUCCACUACUACGACUCGCCGCUUGUGCGUGCGGUCAAGCUCGGCCGCAUCCUCGUCGUCGAUGAGGCUGAUAAGUGUUCCACCGCCGUUUCGGCUGUUUUCAAAAGCCUUGCGGAGCGGGGUGAAUUGAGUCUUCCGGACGGACGCCGCAUUCGUCCCGCCCAGGUUGGCGAGCGUGCCCAUGCCGCUCAGAACUCGGAAAGCACGACCGACUCGGGCGACAUCCUGGUGCACCCCGACUUCCGUCUCGUGCUGCUGUCGAACCGACCGGGCUGGCCCUUCUUCGGCAACAACUUCAUCGAGGUCAUCGGCGAGGGCUUCAGCUGCUACGCGGUCGCCAAUCCGGACAUCGAGUCCGAGGUUCGCCUGCUCAAGGCGGCAGCGCCGAGCGUGGAUGUAGAUCUGCUCCGCCGGCUCGACCUUGCGUUCCACGAUCUGCGCGCUGGUUUCGAGGCGGGACUGAUCAACCACCCGUAUUCGCUGCGUGAAUUGCUUCAUCUCGUGGCGCACAUGGAGAAGUACCCGCAAGAGUCGCUUUCGUCGGUGCUGCUCAACACGCUCGCUUUCGACUUGCACCGCCCCGAGAGCAUCCGUUGGGUGGUGGAGACGCUGCGCAAGCGCAACCUUCCCAUCGAACAGCUCUCGAUCGAGAUUCUUCGCGAACAGGACCUCGAGCGCCGCCGUAACGCGGACAAGGACAAGCUCAAGGCCGAAUUCCAUCCUGGCAAGGAGGACUACGACCCGACCAAGGCAGGUCGUGCGACCCACCUCAACAAGCCCAAGGAGGGCAAGGUGGACAAGGACAAUGAGCCACACGUCGGCGGCAACACGUGGAAGGGCGGCACUGGUGGUCGCGACACCAUGGGUCUCGGCGGUCGCGGAGGCUUUGGUCGCCAGUAUUCGGGCCACAAGAUUCACCAAAUCAGCAAGGAGCUCAAGAACGAUGUGCCUGACCAUCUCAAGAAGCAGGCGCGUGAGAUGGCGCGCGAGGCGCUCGAGAAGGAGCUGCGCGAGAACGGAAUGCAGCCGCACGAAGCGGUGAACCUGCACGAAAUGAAGCAGAAGGUAGCUGCGCAGGUGCAGCAUCUCUCCAACGUGCUCAACGACCUCAAGGCCAAUCGGUAUGAGCGCUCGUGGCUGACUCGUCAGCAGGAAGGCGAGCUGGACGAGCGCCGGCUGUCGGAGGGACUUGCUGGUGAGCGCGGCAUCUUCAAGCGACGCGCCGAGAUGCCGCCUGACCCGGGCGCGCCCCAGGUCAAGCCCAAGCGCAUCCGCAUCGUGCUCGACCUCUCGGCGAGCAUGUACCACAUGCAGUUCGACGGCCGACUUGAGCGCGAGCUCGAAGUUGCGCUCAUGGUCAUGCAGGCCUUUUCGCGCAUCGAGGACGGAACCGAGCGCUUUGCUGUCGACAUGGUCGGCCACAGUGGCGACGAGGACAUGAUCCCGCUCGUCGAUGUCGGACGCAUGCCCAAGACCGACGGAGACAUGUAUCGCAUCCUCCGCGCUGUCGUCAGUCACACGCAGUACUGCGACUCGGGCGACAACACGCUCAAGUGCAUCGAAAAGUCGAUCCGCCAGGUCAAGCGCGCUCUGCCCACCGAUCCGCACCACGGCACCGCCGCCAAGGUCGACGAGACCACGGCGACGGGGCUGGGCGCUCCGAUCGUCGAGGAGGAUCCAUCGACCUCGCCCAUGGACGACUACUUUGUCAUCGUCCUUUCCGACGCCAACCUGUCCAGGUACGGCAUCACUCAUCAGCGCCUCGCUCAGCUUCUUCGCCUCGACCCGCAGGUCAAGACCUCGCUCAUCUUCAUCGACAAGGGCACAGAGGCUCUGCACCUCGCCCGUCAGAUCCCCACCCAGACUCACGUCGCACGCGAGACAAAGGACAUCCCGCGCAUCCUCAGCAACAUCCUCACCAGCGUCGUCCAGGGCGCCUGA